GGGCACCUCCCUUAACUUAUAAGUACAAAGAAGCACUAAGCUACUCGUCUCUCUGUUUUGGUUUUGCGUCUUUGUCCUCUAACAAGCGAGAUCGCAGCGCGUCUCCUCUGGGAAAAGAGAACUGUAUCGUAUGUCAGCUAUUCAGAACCUCACAUCCUUUGACCCCUUUGCUGAUGCAAGUAAGGGUGAUGAUCUGCUCCCGGCAGGGACUGAAGAUUACAUUCAUAUAAGAAUUCAACAGAGAAACGGUCGGAAGACCUUGACAACAGUACAGGGAAUUGCUGAUGAUUAUGAUAAAAAGAAGCUAGUCAAGGCUUUCAAAAAGAAAUUUGCUUGUAAUGGUACUGUAAUUGAACACCCAGAGUACGGUGAAGUUAUUCAGCUUCAGGGAGAUCAACGGAAGAACAUCUGUCAGUUCCUUGUUGAGAUUGGACUGGCUAAAGAUGAGCAGCUGAAGGUUCACGGAUUCUAAAUGUGGCUAACUGUCCAAGGCUUCAAAAUUCAUGUCUAACAGUGUCCAAGACUUGUUUCUUUACAGUAACAGAAAUGUAUUACAGUUCCUUGUCCCAAGCUUAAGACCAAGCAUGAGAGUAACUACUAUAAUUUUUUACUAACUGAAGCUAGACUGGCACAGUUGUUGACUAUCAUGAAUAAAGUCUCAAGAUUAAAAGUUAACAGACCACAAGCUUUAAAUAUAUGGAAGUACAGACGAGACAGACAUGAGGUAGUAUGUUUAGAACUCCCAGUUUUUGCAACAUGCACACUCAGGAAGGCCCUCAUCCACAGACAGAAAACCUGCAAUUCAUAGAACAGAGUGUACGAAUUUACAGAUGUUUGCCAGUGAACUCUGGGACCAUUGCAUUUGUGGGUGUACCCAUUCUGUAAUGGGCAAAGUCACCUUUCUGAAGCUGGCUUUUCUUUAGGAAAGAUGGAGGGCAAGAUCUCCACUGAAUAAAAGAAACUGGUGGGAAUAUGAAUCUGAGGGCCUGGAAGUGCAGUGUCGAUGGCUUGGUCUUAGGCUUUCGACAAGGAGCAGUAGUUUGCAGACUUCAGAUGUAGGUGGUAAAUUGAACGUAUACCAGCCUUAGCCACAGCAGAACAGAUGGAAAACACUGGCUUUUGGUUCUGAAUUUUAAUGCUUUUUUUGUAACUUAUGUGCUUUGAGCACCUGCAUUGUUUACAAAGCAGUUUUUUUUUUUGUAUGUCAAAUAAAAUAUGCCUUGAUGAAAACAAA